AUGGAUAUGUUCGGCCGGAAACGGGAAAUCUCACCAUCGGUCCCAAGACCUUUUGACAUAGAAAUUGGAACCUUUAUUAAAAAUACGGGACAUCCAGAAAUAAUAAAAGAUAUAAUUAAUCAAAACUCACAAGAGAAUUUAUCCAUCUUCACUGACGGAAGCAAAAUUGAAGAAGCGCAUUGCGUAGGAGCUGCCUGCUACUGUCCUCAAUUGGAAAUAAAAUUAAAGAAAAGCAUAAAUACACAUGCUUCAAUAUAUACAGCAGAGUGUAUAGCUUUAAAAGAAGCAUUAAAUAUUGCUUUGGAAGUACCCAAUAAAGAUAUCUAUAUAUUCUCAGACAGUUUAAGUGUUUUGCAAGCCUUAAAUCAUACCCAAUUUCAAGUAAAAGUUAAUAAUCAUCUUCUGGAAAUUAAACAAAAAUAUAACGAAUUUCUUCAAAAAUCUCCUGAAUCCAGAAAAUUAAAAUUCUACUGGAUUCCUUCACAUGUUGGCAUAGAGGAAAAUGAAAAUGUUGACGAACUUGCUAAAUCAGCAACAGAAGACAUAAUUCCAACCAUCACGAAAAUACCCUACACUGACCUCAAACCAAUAUUCAAUCAAGAUGCUAAGAUCAAAACGAUUGCUCAAAUGAAAGAACAAGGCAGAGUGAAAGGAAUUGACUAUUUUAAAUAUUAUUUCAAAGACACUUCAAAAGCCUGGUUUCAAAAAUUAAACUUCCCUAGAGAGACAACAGUUUGGGUCAAUCGAGUGAGAGCAAACCAUUAUCACCUAGCAGCCUCCCUUUUUAAAAUCAAUUUGAAGGACGACCAAUCUUGUGAAUGUGGACACCCAGAAGAAGACGUCAACCACCUUCUAUGGCAGUGUCAGAAGUAUGACAACACAAGGACUAAAAUGAUGCAAAAGCUGAAAAAAUUCUAUCAAUUACCAAUAAAUGUUUCAAGUAUCAUUUACGACAUAAAUCCUGCAGCUAUCAGAGCCAUAAGUAUCUUCAUCAAGGAAUCAAACUUAAAAAUAUAA